GCCCGCCGAGCCAGAGGCGCAGCGCGGUGGCUGGGUGACCUGCCCGCGCGUCCCGAGUGCCGGGUUCCCCCUGGCCCCCCCGGGCCCCUUCGGCCCCCGACAUGGUGCUGCUGGCCGGGCCGGGGCUGGAGGGCGGCGGGGCGCGCUGCGUGUCCCCGCCGCCCGCUCCCCGCGAGGAGCCCGAGGACUUCGAGGACCUGGGGGACUUCUCGGUCCUCCCGGACGCCCGCAGCGUCGCUUCGGACGACUCCUUCUACCCGCCGAGCGGCGAGGGUGAGCGGGGCGCCGAGCCCGGGCUGGGCGAGCCAGUGGGCUGCCCGGAGGAGGAGGCACCCAGCUUGCUGAGCGCGGCCGGCGCCAACGACGUGGGGCUGCUGCGGGCGCUGGUCCAGCGCGGGCCCCGAGCCGAGGAGGUGCAGGAGACGGACCGCAACGGCCGGACCGGCCUGAUUGUCGCCUGCUACCACGGCUUUGUGGACGUGGUGGUGGUAUUUGCCGAGUGCCCGCACGUGGACGUCAACUGGCAGGACAAGGAGGGCAACACCGCGCUCAUCACGGCGGCUCAGGCAGGCCACACCACCAUCACCAACUACUUGCUGAACUACUUCCCGGGCCUGGACUUGGAGCGGAGGAACGUGCUGGGCUUCACGGCCCUCAUGAAGGCUGCCAUGCAGGGCCGCACUGAGUGCAUCCGCGCCCUGAUGCUGGCAGGGGCCGACAUCCAUGCCCGAGACCCCCGCCGUGGGCUGUCCUCUCCGGAGUGGGCGGCCUUCACGGGGCGCGGGGAGGCUGUGCAGCUCAUCCAGAGGCUGCUGGAGCGGCCGUGCGCCGAGCAGUUCAGGGCCCAUUACCGGCCGGAGCUGCCCCAGGCCCGGGAGCUGGCCACCAAGCCCGCCGCCUCCAAGAACUGCCUGCAGAGGCUCGGUGACUACCUGCGCUCCACCCUGACCCCGCGCUCCCCCUGCCCUGGCCCACAAGACGGGGGCGCCCUGGACCACAUGGUCAGGAUGACCACCGGCCUCCGCAGCCCCGCUGUGGCCAUCGCCUGCCAGACUGUGUGCCCCCAGAGUCCCCCCUGUGUGGGGAAGAGGCGCCUGGCGGUGCCCGAGAUGCUAGACAACAGAGAGACCCCCGGGCCUGGGCCUGGGCAGGAUGGGCAGGGGGCAAGCACGGGGGAGCCACUGAGGACCUUGCAGGGGACUCCGAGAGCCAGCCUGCCACCCUCCCAGCUGCUGUCCAGGCCCCCCCACCGGAGGGCCAGCCUGCUGCCUCUGCUGAGGAGAAGCAGCGUGCGACCGGGGCUGGUGGUCCCCAGGGUGCGCGUGAGCAAGGCCCCAGCGCCCACCUUCCAGCCCGAGCGUGCCCCCGGCAAGGCUGCCACCAAAGACAACACCCACCUGCAACUCCCCAAGUGGAGGUACAAGGAGGUGAAGGAGGAGAAACGUAGGGCCGAGGAGGCUCAGAAGCAGCAGCUGGCGGCCGAGGCGCAGGAGAAACGCACCCCCCGUUGGAAGAAAAGGACGUGAGAGGGGCACGUGUCUGUGCCCAGGCCUGGCACCCUGCACACAGAGUCCCUGGCAGCCGGGGGGCCUGGUGGUGAGCCGGGAGGAAAGCUUCUCCCCUCUCCUGCUGCCUCCUUCCAGAUGCACAGCUUCUGGUGGUGGUGGGGAUCUGGAAAGGCUCCCCCUUGUCCAGGCUGCACCCCAGAACCAACUAGGCCCGGGCACAAGUCCAUCUGCCUCAAACCCAUCCCCCUUGGCCCCCACCAACUGGUCAACCCAAUGGGCGGCUGCCUUUGGAACCUCUGUGAUUUCUCAGACCCGUGUCUCAAAAGGUGUCUUCUGUAUCAUGCUGUGCUUUUCACCUUCCCUUCUGGAUUUGCGAGUCUCUGCCCCAAGGGGGUGGGGGACUGGGGCUCUGGGUGUUGAAGACAAAGGCUUAUUCUUAAUAAGGCGUCCAAAGCCCUUCUACGGAAGGCAAAGGUUUCCAGCAAUAAUGUCCUGUGCUCUCUAGGGCACAGAAUUCUCCUCCUAAUGGGUUUGCUGCCCCUUUCUCCUGGAGGAGCCCCAUGUGUUCUAACUAACUGGAUUAUUAGUUAUUCCACUGGAUGGAGGCAUUGGCUCACUGCAGAGGGAUCCAGCGAGAGUGAAAAGGGUCGGUCUCUUUCUCCCUUAUUUUUUCCAGCUCUCUGAUCCGCACACGCACAGUCAAAACGGUGAAACAAAGAUUGGUUUGCAGGUAUGAAACUGGACACAUCACAGCUUCCACUGGGACUCAGCCCACUGCCAGCCAGGACAGGCGAGAUUCACAGUCUUUAGCACAGUCUCCAAAAUGGUCAGACACAAAAGAGUGCCAUCCCAUAAACCCAAGCAAAACUCUGAGGAGGUCUUAUGAGGGAGGCGAGAGGAAGUUGCGUCUGCUCUUGGAGGUGCUGAGCCCCGAUGGCCUCCAGGCUGAGGAUGCAGCAGGAACAGGAGACUUGACGCAGGAACGUGGAGUAAUUCACGCAGGCUCCUCAGAUGGAUGGAAGGGGGAUUGCUAGGGCAGCGGGGACUGUCUUGAGGACUGGACAGGAGGAGGCAGAGUGGGUGGGUGGGUGGCUCUCUCCUCCUUUCCUCCCAGAGAUGCCCCAGGGGGAGGACACACUCUCCUUUCAUGGCUGCUGUCCCUGGUGUCCUGUCCAUUGACCCUGGUGCCCACUCUGCAGGGUUCCCCAGGGCUGGGAUUUGCCACUGGGGGUGUCCUGGCUAUUCCUGAUAUGAGCCGCCAAACACUGAGAGCGUGUGAAGAACCUCUGGCCGUCUGGGCCUCCGAGCACUGCUCCGCACAACACUACUUACCGACGGCACUUUAUUGAGAGAUCGUCGUGCUUGGGAGCCAUGGGCCAUUUCACAGACCAGGUCCCCUGACUGUCCUUUGGUGGGGAUGGGGUGGGGGGAGCCUGCUUCUCCCCAGUCCCUUCUUCUUGGGACCCUUAAGGACUUUGCUUUUCUAGUACAGCAACCAUCUGACCUGACCCUUGGGGUGAGCUGGGAGCUGUGGCCAGCCUUAGUCAUCUUAGGAUGUGGUCUUUCCUGUGUACCCCACCAUGUGGCCUCUCCCUGCCACGUGGACGAAUCCAUGUCAUCUCCACCCUCACCCUGAGCUCCACGCUCACUUCCAGUCUCCGUGGGCCCAGAGUCGCCAACCUGUGGUUCCCGAUACCGGCUGCCCGGCUGCCCCGAGCACUCCUGAAAGCUUUGGAGGGGCAUCAGCGGGUGGAGACAUUCCUCAAAAGGGCACGGUGCUGCCAAGUGUCUCAGUUUGCUCUGUGUUCAGGCUUAAGUCCUUGCCUCCUCCUUGUCCCUGGAAUGGCCGGAACUUGGAGCAAACAGGCUCCUGGACAGAUGUGGAGAGAGAGGUGUUGGGGAGAGGAGUCUCCCUCCAGGCUGGGGUCUCUGAAUGAGUCCCCUUGCUUGUGCUUCUCUGGCUAGUGACACCCCAAAAGUGAGGGGAGAGGGUGGAGGCAAUGAAGGGAAACAGGAGCUCCUCAAGAACUAGGGUCGGGGUGAUAGGUAGCUGGUCCGAUUUUCAGCAUCUUCAUGAUUUCUGCCUCAGCUUUCAGGACACAUUUUAUUUAUUUUAUUACGAUCCUUCUGCAGUGCUUGGACCUUAUGCAUGCAUAGCUCCAUUGCUCCCGUGAUGACUUUUUCAUUCUUUUUUAUUCUAGACAGACACACACACAGAGAGAGAGAGAGAGAGAGAGAGAGAGAGAGAGAGAUAUGCUGGAGUUCAAACUGUGCACAGCCAGAUGUGUGUCCAACUGGGUAAGCUGUCUCCUGACUCCUUCACCUCUUCUCUCUCUUUCUCCUUUUUUCCUUUCUUCCCCCCCUUUCUUUAUGUAUGCUGUUCAGCAGUGGGGACCUAGUCUCCCCAAAGUCUGCCCAGCAUCUCUGCAGAAAGGUUUCUGUGUUUUAGUGCUUUCAUCACUCUGGAUAGCUGCAUCUUCCCAUGGAGAAGCCAUGUUCUGCCAGCCGAUGGGACCGACAGACAGUCCCGUCUCUCCACGUCUGCCCCAAGCUUUCCCAUUGACAAUCCCUUGCUGUGCUCUCACUUCUUCUUUUCUUUACCUGCCUUUCCCCUUUCUUUCUUUUCUCUUUUUUCUUACUAUCUUUUUCUCUUUCCUCCUCCUCCUCUUGCUCUUCCUCCUCCUCCUCUUCAUCCUUUCUAUCAGAGCACUGCUCCACUCUGGCUUAUAGCGGUGUGGGGGACUGAACUUGGGCCUCUGGAGCCUCAAGCAGGAUAGUUCUGCAGAACCAUUAUGCCAUCUCCCCCCACCCAUCUCGCUUGCCUUUUCUUCCCUGGCCUGUUUUCUUCUCCCAAUUUGGGAGACUGAGGCCUCCCCUUUCUCCCCCUCCACCAUGAAUCCAAGGUCAGGGAUGGACAGGAAAGCAAGACCAUUCAAAGUGACAAUUUGUCUCUCUGGAAUUAGCAUGUUGUGCCCUCCUGACCGUCCCGAGUGGGUGGAGGACAGACUCUCCAGCUUCUGCACAGCUCUUGAGAGGGAGACGGCCAGGGAGGUCUGCAGACCAGCCAUUAUAAAUAGUGACGUUCAACUCAACAGGUACCUUCUCAGGGAUUUCUGUAUAAACAUAGUUGGGGUGGGGGCGGGUUGGUUUUAUUUUAAUACCUUGUAGUAUUUGAGUGGGUCGUGGUCAUGGGUCACUUGUCCAGACCCUGUGCUAGCUGCUGUUUUUGAAGAACCCGAGAGGACUUGAGGCUGAGCUGGCUCUGGGGUAGACACAAGGUCCUGUACAUUGCAUUUUGUGUCUGUGAACCCCUGGGUAAGUGAAAACUCAGCUUCCACAGAAGUGCUGGUGAUGACUGUCCAGACCCAGGAGGGUGUGUCUUCCAUUGCUCUUGCCGCCAGAACUGGUCACUGUGGGUGUGACACUGGGCAGUGAAGUGGGACCGUGGCACGGCACAGCAUUGCUUUCUGCAGAUGUGUCUGGAGCAUUUCCGGGCUGGGAAGGAAAGAGGCACAAUCUGCCAGGACCUGGGUGCUUGAUGAUCGGACACUGUAAAGCUUUGAGAGGCUAGAGAAGUGCAAACUAGACCAUUUGUGACCUUGUUGAAGCCUCCCCCUGCAGCACCUUGGGAAUGUGAGAAGGUGAAGCUGUGUCCCUUUGACAUCUCAGCUUUGGGCAGACGGGUCUCUGUGCAGAAGGACUGGAGAGAUGAUGACAUCACUCGAACAGUGGGACCUGAAUACUUCCCAGAUGCUCUGCUCACUUAUCCUGGGUGCCAGUGGGUGACCGCACCCUGAGAAGUCUCUCCCGGCAGAGGAGGAGUGACUGUUACCUCGGAAACGGAAUUCCAGACACCCAGUCCUCAGGAAGAGAUGCACCGCGAGAGACAGGUGGAUGGAGGCAGGACCAAGAUGUGGGUGUGAUGUAUCUCUGGUAGCUUCAGGUAGAAGUGCUGCGUCCCCAUGAAAAGAGUUCCAGCCCACCUGUGUCAGGUGUCAGCCGUCCCCAGGUUUACCCUGACACCCUGUCCCUCCUGUCCAUCUCAGCAGAGCAGUUUCUUUCUGGAGGGCUGAGCUUUGUCCUAUGGGUGUCCCAUUUCAGUCUGUCAGGUGACAAAGUUCUAGCAUUUCUUCAUUUCUCUGGUGUUUGGGGGAAUCCCCCUGCACGACCUCAUCCUGGUUCUGAAACCCAAACCCGUUCCCACUUGGGGGUUUGUAUGGUCUGAGCACAGGAGUACUCAUCAGACCCCCUUCAGCAUGUGUUCAGACCCACACUUCUCUGCCGGCAGCCUCCCUUCCCUCGGUAUCAGCAGGCCUGAUACCAAAGCAGUCUAAGGAGAGCGGGUCCUAUUAGACCCUCCAUUGGGUGCAUCUAGAAUUCUUUGCACGGAGCUGGUUUGACGCUUGGGUCAGCUCCUCUUCCCCCCUGCCCUUGACUCCACCUAUUUCUCCACUAGCUGUGGGAUAAUGUCCAGACUAGAUAUCCCAGCGUACCAGGUUUUGUGCUUGUCACAGGCUUGUCAUGGCUUCCUUACUCUGCAUGGCCAGUAAAGAUCUGGAACUCCUCCAACACAGGCAGGUGUCAAUGAAACCAAAGCUGGCCACAGCUGAUUGGUGCCUGUUUUGAAUGGGGAGGGGUGGGGAUCAUUUUCUGGUCAUUGCAGCCGUAGAAUCUGCUAAAAUCCCCUUAAGAAUGCUGCUUAGAAAAGACCUGGAGUGGUCCAGGAGGUGGCGCAGUGGCUAAGGCACUAAACUCUCAAGCAUGAGGUUCUGAGUUCGAUCCCCGGCAGCACAUGUACCAGAGUGAUGGCUGGUUCUUUCUCUCCUCCUAUCUUUCUCAUGAAUAAAUAAAUAAAUUAUUAAAAAAAAAAAGACCUGGAAUAUUAGUGGAGACCUCUGGCUCGUCUCCCCUUACUAGUCUAUGCAGGCUUCACUAUCCAUAAGCCCCCUUAUCAAACUGUCCUGCUGAUGUAAACGCAUCAUCUUGAAAUGAGCCAAUAAAAAUCAAGAAAGCCCAAUAUAGGGACUGCACCCUGCAUAGUCCUUUAGGCCAUGAAGUCAGUGGCCAGUCACCGCAGGCUUCUCAAGAUCUUGCUGAGUUUUGAGCGGUCAUUCCUUGUUCCUGCACCACAGGCUACAAAUCUCUCCACAACUAGCAUGUUAAAUUUCCUCUGAGGACCCAGGUUCAAGCCCCUGGUUCCCACCCACAGGAGGAAAGCUUUGUGAGUGGUGAAGUGGAGUUGCAGGUGUGUCUCUCUGUCUCUCUCCCUCUCUAUCACCCCUUUCCAUUCAAUUUCCGGCUGCUAUCCAAUAAAUCAAGAUAAUAAAAAAAUAAAAAUAAAUAAAAAAUAGAUUUCCUCUGGAGGUGAUUUUCCAAAAGAAACAGAGAAAAGUAGGAGAGAAAGAAAGGAAGAGAGGGAAAGAGAAAGAAUGAAAGAUAAAAGGAUAACAAAGAAAGGAAGGAAGGAAGGAGAGAGAAAAGGAUCCCACCACCACUAGUUUGGCUCGACUCAAUUGUGAGUGACUGCGUGAACAUCAGUGUGCAGGCUCAGCUUCUGUGAGAGGCACAGCCCUGCCAUGUCCUGUCACCCUGUGACAUUGUAUCACCAGGUCUGCGCAUGCUCACGCCUGUUGCAGAGUGUGGCCGUGUCCUCCCAGUGGCUCCCAGGAAAUGUGUGUGGUGGUUUGGAUGGGGUGUGUUCAGGAGGGACCCUCGGUGCCCCCUGCCCAGUGUCAGCUGACUCAUUCAGUGCUGAGAGGUGGCAGCUCACCUGGGAGCCCCUCAAGAGUAGGGUCUGAGCCAUCCUGGCACGUUCUGUCAACCUUUAAGUGGAGCCGUGGAGCAGAAAGGGGUCCCUUCUCCUGAGGGGGCUCCCAGAGGGCAUUCACCUUGGUCAUGGGGCAGAAGAGAGGUGGGCAUUUAGUUCUCUGAAGCUUGAUGCCCAUGCUAGCGGCAGCUUCCACGCUGGAUUCUGAGGAAGCUCUGGGGUGUCCCUCAAAUCUGCCCAAGUGUCUCAGAGGCUCUCUGGAGCCAAAGUUCACACCCUACGGUUCUCGAGAGAAACCGUUUUACCGUAAUGCCCCCCACACUGCUUUCCAAGAAAUGCUCCAGUGAGAUCCAAAUGACGCUGUGAGUCCAGGUCCAGCUGCGGGUGCCGGCUUUCUGUCACACUUUGGAAGGUCACAUGGACACACUUUAAUAACUUUAAUAUCCGGUUUUGAGCAGAACAUCCUGGAAGCUGGUUCGCAACCGCAUUGCUAGUAGAAUUAGUCACAAAAGGAUGUUCCAAGCCCAGAAAUGUUACCAGACACCCUAUGAGCCUUUGGGGAAGAAGCUUCAGGAAUUUGGGUAACACAACCAUUCAGGCAAGCAGAGAAGACAAACCCUGUUGAGUUUCCCGUCAUCCACACCUGCGUUCAGAAGGUGUCUGGGGGAGUCGGGCGGUAGCGCAGUGGGCUCUGCGCAAGGACUGGCAUAAGGAUCCAGGUUCGAGCCCCCGGCUCCCCACCUGCAGGGGAGUCGCUUCACGGUCGGUGAAGCAGGUCUGCAGGUGUCUGUCUCUCCCCCUCUGUCUCCCCCUCCUCUCUCCGUUUCUCUCUGUCCUAUCCAACAACGACAACAUCAAUAACAACAACAAUAAUAACUACAACAAGGGCAACAAAAGGGAAUAAAUAAAUAUUUAGAAAAAGAAGAAGGUGUUUGGGCGUGUGUGCUGGCAAUGGGGAACUUAUGAUCAUCUUACGAAGCAGACUGAAGCAUGGCCUGUGGAAGUUCAAGACAUAGUGUCAUUUUAAUAAAAAGCUAUUUUUCUGACUGUAAAGCAAUAUCCAUUGUCACUUCUGAAAGCUCAAAGGUUUUAGGAGAUUUCAAAGGUGUUGAUUGCGGGUGCCACUGUGUCCACUUUUUAUGUUUUCUUUGGGGGAGGUGAGUUUGUUACAGUUUCUAAAAGGUAUUUUCCUGUUUUAGAUCUCAGGGCUAUUUGGGGAAUUACAAAGAAAUGUAACCCUGCCAGCACCUUCAACUCUUAAAGGCCCAAAGGUCAAUGAUCUCCUAAGCUAAAUGUGAUGCAUUUAUCCAGCAGAAAGAAUGUACUUUUUCCCUUUUUAACUUUUAACAAUGUAUGUAUAUAAUGUUCAGAAAGUAUAAAAGAUGUGAUCAUGUAAAAAAAUAUGGGGAAAUUGUGGUGAAAGAACUAAAAAUUAUUUGUGAAAUAAACACUCUUAAAGUAUAA